UUGCAUUUGUAAUAUUAUAUGUGGCAUUGCAAAUGCCUGGAAACACUAAUAAGGAGGAAGACAAGAACUAUUUAGUAUUGUAACAUGUUAUAUAUCAAACAAACACAUUCAGGGAAUAGAAAAAAGAUCUUCUGUGUUAUAGUCUUUUAAAAAUAUAAAAAAAUUAAAAUACAUAUACAUAUAUUAAAAGCUUUUUGUUUUUCAAAAUACACAUAAAAAUAAUUUUCAACAUUCAUCCUUGCAAAACCUUGUAUUCCAAAUCUUUCUCCCUUUCUGCCUCCUUCCCUGGACACCAAAUAAUCCAAUAGAGGUUAGCCAUGUACAUUUCUUGUAAACAUGUUUCCACAUUUGUCAUGCUACUUGAGAAAAAUCAGAUCCAAAGGGGGAAAAACACAAGAAAAACAAGCAACAAAAAAGUUUAAAAUACUCUAAUUUUGAUCCACAUUCAGGCUUCAGAGUUCUCUGGAUGCGGAAGUCACUUCUCGUGACACAUCCGUUCACAUUGCCUUGAUCAGCGUAUUGUUUUAAAGAGCCAAGUCCAUCUCAGUUGAUUAUCACGUAAUCUUAUUGUUGCUGUGUGCAGUGUUCUCCACUUCUCUCAGCAUCUGUUCGUGAACUCUUCAGGCUUUUCUGAAAUCAGCAGUUUUCUUGUAUAACAAUAUUCCAUGACAUUUAUAUACCAUGUUUUAUUUUAAAUGCUUUAUUUACUUUUUAUUUUAUUAAAUAGUUUUAUUUUUAAAGUAUUUUCACUUGGCCCUCAUUCCCCAAUACUCCUCACCCAGUGAUUCAUUCCUGCCAAUAAAGCAGAGGAAAAAAGAAUUGUCCACUUCGUGUCUGCGGAAGAGGAGAGAGGUCCGGCGUGUGGUCUCAAUGAAGGACUAACAACCCAGGUGUACAAUGCUGAGCCGCCGGGAGAGGGGCGGAAUCGGGAGGGAGGAGCUAGGGGAAGAAACGACCACGUGCCCAGCCGCUAGGGAGAGAUGACAAUCGCCUUUCCCUCCCUGAGUUCCAGGGAGCUCGCGCACGCUCCUCCCUUCCUCGCAGACAACCUACCCAGAUAGAAAGCAACAAGCGCUUUCCCGCCUUCCCACCAGCUAGCUCUGCGCAUGUGCACUGACGCUAACAUCUCCCCGCCCCCGCCGUACGUGCGUGCGUGUAUGCGCAGGGCCUAGAACAACGCGUCCCCCUCCCCUCGCGCCCCCCUCCCCUCCUAGGUCACCCCGCACACGAACUCAGUAGCAGAGUGGCCCCGAGCCACCGCGGUCGGUUGAGGGGGCCGGGGUGGGGGGUGGGGGGUGGGGGGACAGGAUGGAGCCAAGCCAGAUGGAAAAGAAGGUUUCGGAUCAUAGUGAUUCUCAGCGAAACAAGGUUCAUUCGCUGUUCAAGGUCCCAUUUCUUCACAAGAGCGAAGGCGGGGCCGACGAAAAUGACGAAUCAAAAACCCCUGACACCACGUCUCAGGCGUCCUCCCUUCGCCAAACGCCCUCGUCGAAGAUGGACUCUUCUAAGGACGGGAUCAAAUCGGGGACAGGCCGAAAGCUGUUGAACAUGCUGAGAAAAACUCUUAAAGGAAAUGAGAAUAAAGAUUUGGAUGUAGCACAAGACAUACCAUCUUUGGUUCCAUUUGGAGAUGUGGUUGGCUGCCUAGCUGUUCAUAUAAAGAAAUGCAGACAUUUUUCACCCAGGAUCAACAUACAGUAUUAUACAAAUUUAUUUAUUCGCAUCACUAUAAACAAGAUCAUGAAAUGUACUAAAGCUCAUUCCGUGAAUUUCAAGAACAACGAGAAGAAACCUGCAGUUAAAUUUGAUGAAGUGAAAUACUUCUCUGUACAGGUUCCAAGACGUCAAGAUGAUGAAAGAAAUAUGAUUUAUUUGGAACUAAUGGAAUUUGAUGAUUUGGAAGCAUACCCUGUACUGUUGGGAAGUUUUAGCUUACAUCUUUAUGAAAUAAUUCAGAAAGGAUGCUUCACAGAAGAAUUUUAUAUGAAAAUUAGAAACCUGGUUGUCUGCAAGGUUGAAGUGGAGUUUAUGUUUUCUUACGGAAACUUUGGUUAUGGCUUUUCACAUCAGUUAAAACCACUUCAGAAGUUGAUUCAGCCAUCCAUGUUUAUGCAUAUUCCCCCACCUGUAGAAAGAACAGACCCUCUAACAAAUGUUAUCACACCGCAACAAAUAGAAUAUCCAGCAUUCCUAUCACCAGACUUGAAUGUUACUGUUGGGACUCAACAAAAACAGACUAAUGCAUCAUCUCCCGUGCGACUUGAAAAACUUCAGCAACAACCACGUGACAGGCUUGACAGAAUGAAGAAAGAAUACAGAAAUUUGAAAACAUGGGAAGAAAAAUCUAAAUAUUUAGAUCAAAUUCUUCGCAUGAAAACAGAAACAAAAGGAUCUCCUGAUUCCAAGGAUCCUGAAGACAAAGAUGACCUACAAGAAAUAGAUGAAAAUCCAUUCCCAGAAAAUUUAUUUCAAACACCAGAUGUUUUAUUUAAAAAGCAGGAAGUUGAACCUCUUCCAUCUCAGUUGCCUGUCAAUACACCUGAAGUUAAGAGCCCUCCACUGGUAGAAAAGGAAGCGGAGCCUUCAGAUUCAUCUUUGAUUAUUCAAGAAGAUGCUGAAACCAAAAAUGAAAGCCUUGAAAGCCUUCCUCUCGAGGAAAGUAUCCCUUUAUCUCCUGUUUCAUUAAAAGAGAAAGAUAUUUCUGUAGAAUCUAUAAAUGGAAGAGAUGAUGAGCUAGUACUUGAAAACAUUGAACCUGAAGAAGAAAUGGCAGAAAAAGAAAUCUCAGAUUCAGCUUCACUAGUAGUGGAGCCAAAACAGAGCCAAACAGACUCAGAAAAAACGGACUUAAUUCAAUCAGAAACAAAGUUGAAAAGUAUCAUUUUAAGCCCGGAUAGAAAAAAGAAAAGCAUAGAUGAAUCUGCUGCAGACCCAAUGAGGCAAGAAAGCAAAAGGAGCUCAGAAUUUCUUCAGGAUCUAAAAGAAGACAGUGAAUCAAGCACAAAGAUAUCUCUUCCUCGACAUGUUUCCUUUGAUAUUUCAGAUGAAGGUGUAGAAUUACCCUCAAAAACAGAUGAUGUGCUAAAAAUUGAAGAACAUAUUAGCCUGGAUAGAGAUAAAGACAAGGAUGAGAAAAAGGAAAAGGACAAGGAAGGGGUAGAUGAGAAGAAUGAAACUGAGAAUAUUGAAACAGAUGAAGAGAACGAGAUUGUUAUUAGAAAUACAUAUAUGAAGGAUUUGGAGGAUUUCACUUUUAGAUCAGCACACCCUGAAAGCAUUCCAAUAUUUCAAGGGAGCAACAAACCCAUCCUUAUUCAUAGGGGAAAGUUUGAACCUUUUUUGAGGAAUAUAACAGAAAUUCCCAUUAAUGAAGACCAUAAAAGAAUUCAAAAUGAGCCUGUUUGUUCAGUUGUUAAAAAGAAUACAUCAAGUGCGGAGGUUAUAGAACAUGAAGAUCAAGACCCUCCUUAUGCACCAACGUCAUCAAGCAUAACAGUUAAUUCUGAAAAUUCUUCCUGGGACUCAAAUCCUGACAUCUUUACAAUCAAAUCUUUCGACACUGAAGAGAUAGAAAGAGGUCUAUCAAGUCUUUCUUUAGAAAGUUUUGAAGGAGAAACAGCCUUUACUGUAGAUAUAGAUUUGGUUGGAAAAGAACAGGAAAACCUCCUCUCAGAGCUGUUGGAGCUUAAUCCAAGUUUGGAAAAAUUGGAAAAAACAGUGGUUCUAAAAUCAAUUUUAAAUGAUGACUUGAAGGAUCUUUCAGAUGAAUUAUUUUCAAAACAAGGAAUCCUUAUGGAGAUUGAGGCAGAAAAGAAAAGCCAGAGUUUGCUGACCUUAGAUGACAAAACAUUAGGUAGUGUAGAGACUGUUGUAUUUGAGAAUGAUCAAAAUGAAAUCAAGAUUGUGCAUAGUGAACAGAUUGAACUUUCUGGGAAGAAAAGUUCAAAAUCUUCAAAAAAAGAUCUCAAGAUUGUGCAGAGUGAACAGUUGGGUGAACUUUUAGAAAAGAAAAGUUCAAGUUCAAAAUCUUCCAAGAAUGACCUCAAAAUUGUGCAGAGUGAACAACUGAGUGAGCUUUCAAGAAAAAAAAGUUCAAGUUCAAAAUCUUCUUUCAAAAAUGGCAUUAAGAAUAUUCAGAGUGAACCGUUGAGUGAGCUUUCAGGAAAGAAAAGUUCAAGUUCAAAAUCUUUCAAAAAUGAUUUCAAGAUUGUGCAGAGUGAACAAAUUGUAUUUUCAGGAAAGACAAGUUCAAGUUCAAAAUCUUCUUUCAAAAAUGACUUCAAGUUUGUACAGAGUGAACAGUUCAGUGAACUUUCAAAAGAGCUAAGUUUAGAUUUAAAAUCUUCCCCCAAAAACCUCAAGACUGUGCAGAGUGAACAAUUAAGUGAGCUUUCAGGAAAGAUAAGUUCAGGUUCAAAAUUUUCAAAAACUGACCUCAGGAUUUUACAGAGUGAACAAAUUGAACUAUUAGGAAAAAUAAGUUCAAGUUCAAAAUCAUCCAAAACUGACCUCAAGAUUGUUCAGAGUGAACAAACUGAACUAUCAGGAAAAAUAAGUUCAAGUUCAAGUUCAAAAUCUUCCACAAGUGACCUCAAGAUUGUACAGAAUGAACAGUUGGGUGAACUUUUAGAAAAGAAAAGUUCAAGUUCAAAAUCUUCCAAAACUAAUCUCAAGAUUGUGCAGAGUGAACAAGUGGGAGAACUUUUAGAAAAAAAAAGUUUGAAAUCUUCCAAAAGUGACUUCAGAAUUGUGCAGAGUGAACAGUUGGGUGAGCUUUCAGAAAAAACAAGUUCAGAUUCAAAAUCUUCUCUCAAAACUGACCUCAAAAUUAUGCAGAAUGAAGAGUCAGGUGAGCUUUCAGAAAAGACAAGUUUAGGUUCAAAGCCUUACAAGAGUGACCUCAGUAUUGUACAGAGUGAACAGUCAAGUGAACAUUUAGGAAAGAAAAGUUCAAUUUCAAAACCUCCCAGAACUGACUUCAAGAUUGUGCAGAGUGAAGUGCUAUGUGAACUUUUAGAAAAGUCAAGUUCCAGUUCAAAAUCUUCCAAAACUGACCUCAAGACUGGGCAGAGUGAACAACUGAGUGACCUUUCAGAAAAGACAAGUUUAGGUUCAAAGCCUUACAAGAGUGACCUCAGUAUUAUACAGAGUGAACAAUCGAGUGAACAUUUAGGAAAGAAAAGUUCAAUUUCAAAACCUCCCAGAACUGACUUCAAGAUUGUGCAGAGUGAACAAUUGAGUGAGCUUUCAGAAAAGACGAGUUUAAGUUCAAAGCCUUACAAGAGUGAUCUCAGUAUUGUACAGAGUGAACAGUCAAGUGAACAUUUAGGAAAGAAAAGUUCAAUUUCAAAACCUCCCAGAACUGACUUCAAGAUUGUGCAGAGUGAAGUGCUAUGUGAACUUUUAGAAAAAUCAAGUUCCAGUUCAAAAUCUUCCAAAACUGACCUCAAGAUUGGGCAGAGUGAACAACUGAGUGAGCUUUCAGAAAAGACAAGUUUAGGUUCAAAGCCUUACGAGAGUGACCUCAGUAUUAUACAGAGUGAACAAUCGAGUGAACAUUUAGGAAAGAAAAGUUCAAUUUCAAAAUCUCCCAGAACUGACUUCAAGAUUGUGCAGAGUGAACAAUUGAGUGAGGUUUCAGAAAAGACGAGUUUAAGUUCAAAGCCUUACAAGAGUGACCUCAGUAUUAUACAGAGUGAACAAUUGAGUGAACAUUUAGGAAAGAAAAGUUCAAUUUCAAAACCUUCCAAAACAGACCUCAAGAUUGUGCUGAGUGAAUCUUUAGAUGAGCUUUCAGAAAAGACAAGUUUAGGUUUAAAAUCUUCCAAGAGUGACUUCAAGAUUGUACAGAGUGAACAGUUGAGUGAACAUUUAGAAAAGAAAAGUUCAAGUUCAAAAUCUUCCAAGAGUGAUCUUAAGAUUGUUCAGGGUGAACAGUCAGGUGAACUUUUAGAAAAGAAAAGUUCAAGUUCAAAACUACCCAAAACUGACCUCAAGAUUGUGCAGGGUGAAUUGCUAUGUGAACUUUUAGAAAAGUCAAGUUCCAGUUCAAAAUCUUCCAAAACUGACCUCAAGACUGGGCAGAGUGAACAACUGAGUGAGCUUUCAGAAAAGAUAAGUUUAGGUUCAAAGCCUUACGAGAGUGACCUCAGUAUUAUACAGAGUGAACAGUCGAGUGAAUAUUUAGGAAAGAAAAGUUCAAUUUCAAAAACUUCCAAAACUGACCCCAAGAUUGUGCUAAGUGAAUCUUUAGAAGAGCUUUCAGAAAAGACAAGCUUAGGUUCAAAAUCUUCCAAGAGUGACCUCAAGAUUGUACAGAGUGAACAGUUGAGUGAACAUUUAGAAAAGAAAAGUUUAAUUUCAAAAUCUUCCAAAACUGACCUCAAGAUUGUACAGGGUGAACUGCUAUGUGAACUUUUAGAAAAGUCAAGUUCCAGUUCAAAAUCAUCCAAAACUAACCUCAAAAUUGUGCAGAGUGAACAGUCAGGUGAACUUUUAGAAAGGAAAAAUUCAAGUUCAAAAUCUUCCAAAACUGAUCUUAAAAUUUUACAGAGUGAACAGCAGGUAGAAGAACUAUUAGAAAAGACAAGUUCCAGUUCAAAGUCUUCUAAAACUGAUCUCCAGAUUGUGCAGAAUGAACAGUUAGUUGAGCUUUCAGAAAAGACAACUUCAAGUUUAAAAUCUUCCAAAAUUGACCUCCAGAUUGUGCAGGAUGAACAAGUGGGUGAACUUUUAGAAAAGACAAGUUCCAGUUCAAAACCAUCCAAAACUGACCUCAAGAUUGUGCAGGGUGAACUGCUAUGUGAACUUUUAGAAAAGUCAAGUUCCAGUUCAAGAUCUUCCAAAACUGACCUCAAGACUGGGCAGGGUGAACAAUCGGGUGAACUUUUAGAAAAGAAAAGUUCCAGUUCAAGAUCUUCCAAAACUGACCUCAAGACUGGGCAGGGUGAACAAUCGGGUGAACUUUUAGAAAAGAAAAGUUCCAGUUCAAGAUCUUCCAAAACUGACCUCAAGACUGGGCAGGGUGAACAAUCGGGUGAACUUUUAGAAAAGAAAAGUUCCAGUUCAAGAUCUUCCAAAACUGACCUCAAGACUGGGCAGGGUGAACAAUCGGGUGAACUUUUAGAAAAGAAAAGUUCCAGUUCAAGAUCUUCCAAAACUGACCUCAAGACUGGGCAGGGUGAACAAUCGGGUGAACUUUUAGAAAAGAAAAGUUCCAGUUCAAGAUCUUCCAAAACUGACCUCAAGACUGGGCAGGGUGAACAAUCGGGUGAACUUUUAGAAAAGAAAAGUUCCAGUUCAAGAUCUUCCAAAACUGACCUCAAGACUGGGCAGGGUGAACAAUCGGGUGAACUUUUAGAAAAGAAAAGUUCCAGUUCAAGAUCUUCCAAAACUGACCUCAAGCCUGGGCAGGGUGAACAAUCGGGUGAACUUUUAGAAAAGAAAAGUUCCAGUUCAAGAUCAUCCAAAACUGACCUCAAGACUGGGCAGGGUGAACAAUCGGGUGAACUUUUAGAAAAGAACAGUUCAAGAUCACCCAAAACUGACCUCAAGACUGGGCAGGGUGAACAAUCAAGUGAACUUUUAGAAAAGAAAAGUUCCAGUUCAAGAUCAUCCAAAACUGACCUCAAGACUGGGCAGGGUGAACAAUCAAGUGAACUUUUAGAAAAGAAAAGUUCCAGUUCAAAAUCUUCCAAAACUGAUCUCAAGAUUGUGCAGGGUGAACUGCUAUGUGAACUUUUAGAAAAGUCAAGUUCCAGUUCAAAAUCUUCCAAAAUUGACCUCAAGACUGGGCAGGGUGAACAAUUGUGUGAACUUUUAGAAAAGAAAAGUUCCAGUUCAAAAUCUUCCAAAAUUGACCUCAAGACUGGGCAGGGUGAACAAUUGUGUGAACUUUUAGAAAAGUCAAGUUCCAGUUCAAGGUCUUCCAAAAUUGACCUCAAGACUGGGCAGGGUGAACAAUUGUGUGAACUUUUAGAAAAGAAAAGUUCCAGUUCAAGAUCUUCCAAGAGUGACCUCAAGAUUGCACAGGGUGAACAGUUGUGUGAACUUUUGGAAAAGAAAAGUUCAAAUUCAAAAUCUUCCAAGAGUGAUCUCAAGAUUGUGCAGAAUGAACAAUUGUGUGAACUUUUAGGAAAAAAAAGUUCAAGUUCAAAAUCUUCCAAGAGUGACCUCAAGAUUGCACAGGGUCAACAAUUAUGUGAGCUUUUAGAAAAUCAAAGUUCAAGUUCAAAAUCUUCCAAGAAUGACCUCAAAAUUAUGCAGAGUGAACAGACUGAGCAUUCCGAAAAGACAAGUUCAAGUUCAGAGUCUAUUAAAAAAACCAUCAAGAUUGUGCAGAGAAGGCAGUUAGAUGAACUUUCAGGAAAGACAAGUUCAAGUUCAAAAUCUUCUUUGGAAAAUGAUCUCAAGAUCCUGCAUAAUCAGCAGAAUGAUCUUUCCCUAAGGAAAAUUUUGAGUUUAAAUUCCUUUUCAAAAGAAAUACUGAAGGAUGAUCCAAUGGAAGUAUCUUCUGGAAGUCAAAUAGAAGAAAUAACAGAGAAAAUGGAAAACUUCUAUAUUCCUAUGACAUAUGAUGAACCUGAAGAUCGGCUAAGUAUAGUAGAGGAAGAUUUCUCAAAUGGAAGGAAGCAUAGUUUCAAAAAAAAGCACCCAGAAGAAUAUUUUCAGAAAAAUUCAGAAGAAGUAAUACGCAGUUUCUCAGUUGUAAGUAUAGCAGAAAGUUUUGAAAGCCCAGAGAAUGUGGCAUUCAUAGAACAAAUUUCCUCUGAACCAAACAUCACAGAACUGGACUUGGAGCAUGGUAUGUCAUUGAUGGACUUUCCAAGUUCACUAACAGUUUGGGAUAGUGGUUUAGCUUCAACAAGUGAAGACUCUAAUGAAAAACUUUCAGGAGUAGAUGGGUCGAAGUCUAAAUCUUUUGUGAGGCACAUAUUUUUACAUGCAUUUCCUUCAGAUUCUUUAGAGUCUGGCAUAGUCCGUGUUAUAGAAUUAGAUAAAGACGACUAUCACAGUCCCUGGCUAGAUACAGAUACCAGUCUGUCUGAAGAAAAACCUACAAUGAUGGAAGAAAGCUGGAACUUACCACUGAAGAAAUCAAAAAACCAGUUCCUACAGGAUAAAGAUGAUUUACCUCAGAGAGAGAAAUUAUAUAGAGAAAAGAAUUUUGAAGAAAAAGAUCUCAAUUCUGUUUUGGAAAGUGCAAGUAAUUACAUCAUGCAUAAACUUAGUGACGCAGAUAGAACCCGUUUAAAAUCUUUUGCAAGCAAUGUCUUUAAAAAUCUUUCCACAGAGAACAUCCCAGAGCCAAAGAUAGAAAAAGAAAGACAAAAAUAUUUUGUUCCAGGUGGUGAAAAAGACUUGGAAGAAUUAGAUGCUAACUCAAUGAAGAGCAUGGGUAAAUCAGAUGAUUUAAAUGUAAAACAUGCUGCAGCCCCUAAGCGCAGCAGUUUUGAAGAGUUUCUAUCAGGAUCAGAAGCAGGCCAUCUAAGUUCUGAUUUAGGCAAACACAUUCAGAGUUUUCUGGUAGAAAACCUUUCAGAAUCAGGAAAAUUCUCCAGCGGGGAUUUACCAAAACUCUUUGAGAACCUUUAUUUGGUAAACAAUAAAAAAAAAUCACCAACUUCUAUGAAAACCGAACAGCUUCCUAAAGGACAAAAUAAUUUAAAAGAUUUUCCAGAAACUAUCCCAAAAAGUGUGCCUCCUGUGAAUAAUUCAAAUCGCCCUCUAUCUGGUGACAAACAUUUAGAAAUAAGAUUAAGAGCUCUUUUAAGUGAAAUCCUUGAACAAUAUAUACUAAGUAACUAUGCAGAAACCAAAUUAACCAGCCAAAGAGAGUCUGACACAAAAGACCCAAACUUGCCUCCACAUAGAACUAAAACUGUCCCACCAUUUUCAUAUGAAGUAAGACAUGAUUAUCCAGAAAGGAAUUUUUCUGGAGACAGUGACAUAAACAGAGAUCUAACACAAGCCAUACAAGAUCUUUUAUUUAUUAUCUCAGAAAAUGAACUAUUAAAUCUAAAAUCUGAUUUAAGCAAACAUCUUCAAAGCCUUUUCAUAGAAAGACUGUCAAAUAUGGGACUAAUCACAGAAAAAGAAUUUCAUACUCUCAAUGAAAACCUGUCUUUGAUUAAUUCUAGCGACAGACCAUUAAAAUUUUUAAGCUCAGAUCUGAGAGGCCUGAAUCAAUUUCUAGAAAGGUCUUCUGAAAAGCAAAGUUACAAAACUUUUCCAAGAAAUAUGUCACAAGAUGAUGAAAAGAUUUCAAAUAUAGAACUAGCCAGAAAGUUGGAAAGGGAAUAUAUUACAUUGCAUAAUAUUAAAAGAAGGUCACUGUUGAGAGAUGAUGAAAGGCAAUACCCCAGAGAAAGAGUUGGAAAACAAGGUCUAACCGGAGUAAAAGCUUCAAGAAAAAGUAGCCAAGAGUUCCUACUUAACACUUCAGAAAGAAUAACAAAAUUAGUGUUAAGAAGAGAACAAAAAGAUCACAAUGUAAUGCAGUUGCCACAAGUAGAGAAAACUGGUUUUGAAGAGGAUUUCCAAGACCUACAUGGCUGGUAUAAUAGACCCAAAACAAACCAUUCAAAAGCUACUUUGAAAAUCAAGCCUCUGGAAAAAAAAGAAAAUUAUAACAUAUAUAAAGUGACUGUCAAGGAAAAACCUGAGUCAGUAGUCAUACCAGGUGUUCAGAAUUCUGAAGUCCAACCAGAAAUUAAAGAAUAUUUAUACAAAUACAAGUUGCCCUCAUCAGGUAACACCUAUUCUUAUUUAAAUUCCGAAGAUGAGGAAGAAUCAAAUUUGAAAGAUUAUUGUUAUGGGAAGUCCAAAGAGAACAACAAAAAGAAGCCACUAUUAACAGUUACACAGUUCCAGAAAGAAUCACAAACUGUUUAUGUUAAGCCAAAAGAAACUACUACUGAAAAAUGUUCACCAACCCCACAAUCCUUUGACCAUAUUAACAAUUCAAAAUCAUCUAUAUUCCCAGAAGUCUUAAAAACAGAAAGCUUAAAGCCUAAAAAUCGACGAGAAAGAGAGUAUGUUGAGAAACAAAAACGACCCCUUUACAGGACAGCUAAGAUUUUAGCAGCCUCACAACCUACCACAAGACUACUCCUAAGGAAAUCUCCACAAAGGACACUGCUGUUUCCUUGGGCUGGAAAGAGAAAUAUACAUGACUCUUCAGAAAACAAAAAGGAAGAUAUACAUUUGACCUCAUUUAAGCAUCUUGAAAAAGCAAAAGCAAGAGCAAGGUUUGAUUUGGGUAAAAACCCGGAAGAUAACCAAUUCACAUUAAAAAAUCUUGCAAGACCAAAUACUGCUCCUGAGUUUAACAAACGAUUGAAAGAAAACUUUGGGAAAUUUACAUCCCCACGGGUGGUUUCAGCAGGCUUAUUUCAUUUAAAUGUUACAAACCCAAGUCUAGAGGAAUAUAAUCAGAAAAAAGACCUAAAAGAUCUUGAAAAAUGUUCAAUCAUUUGUGAUAUUCUACAGUUGUUAAACAGUUCGUAUGUGAAACGCAAGUAUGAGGAUGAUUAUUAAGUACAUGAAUCUCCUACUAAUGAAAUGUGUAUAGGUCAGUCCUCUUAUUUAGCAGCUCACUACAAAAUUUCAUCUUGUUAGAGUCAUUGUUUUCACUGAAAUACAAAUAAACAUUUAUGAUGCAUA